GCCCUUUCCAGCCUUAUCCGGAUCCCAGCCCCCUUGCUAGCAUAGCAUUGCUAAUCAACCUACCGAGUCUUUCCACUCUGCACACAUCCUGCUCGUGCUUGCAUGUCAUGUCCUUCACAUCAACGUCUAUCCCCAAUAUGGCUAUCGAUAAUGAAGUGACCGUUUCCUCCCCAUCCUUUAGCGCUAAACAUAACCUGUCGACCCUCACCAACGCGGCAGCCCUAUCGGAGUUCGACGCAUUAGUCCGCCGAAGCCUCGUCGUCUACUCCCCCUCCAAGAUCGUGCGCCUCAAAGUUGACAAUUUUCACUUCGAAUUUCGAAUCAGCCAAUCUCUCACCAACAAACCCCAAUCUGGCGAGGGUCUGAAGCCGCCCAACGAAAACAGGACCAACCACAGCAGUAGCAGCAACAAUAACGAUAACAGCAGCAACAGCGAUAAUAAAGAUAACAACGAUGCAUCUUCCAAACCAGCAACCUUCGGCCCGGGUAGCGAUCUCGCCUGCCCCACGCCUGACCUCAUCAUCGCCACCAUCCACACGACCCACAUCCUCGUCCCGAACGGCUACAGCGUCUUCCGGCCGCAGUUCCUCCUCCUUACCCAGGACUCGUACCGCCGCCAGCACGAGAACUUGGAUCGAGAGGACCUCGAAGCUGCGCGCGCCGUCCUCUGCGCAUUGGGUCAGGACAACGGUCGGCGCUAUUUCGCCAUGUUCAACUGCGGGCGCACGGCGGGCGCUAGUCGCCAGCACAAGCACAUGCAUAUCAUCCCUUGUGUUGAUGACGAGGAAGAAAUAGAUCAAAUCAUUGAGCUGCCUACCGUAGAGAAGGGUGUAAAUGUCGACACCAAGGCACCAGGGCCAACCAUCCUCCCGAAUAAUCCCACGCCAAAAUCCAGCGACAUCCCCUUUGCGCAUUUCCGCGCUCCGUUGUCGCGCUCGGAAUUUCAGGAGCAGGCGUAUAUUGAGCGUGUGUUGGAUGCGUACCUCGGGCUUUUGGCGGAGAUGCGUCCUGCGUUCAGCGACAGAGGUGCAGGCGAUGGGGAGGGGAGUAUCCCGCACAAUGUGAUCCUGGUCGAGGAUUGGAUCAUGGUGAUCCCCCGGUCGAAGGAUCGGUACCGGCCGGAUGUUGCGGUCAACGGGGCGGGGAUGGUGGGGUCGGUGUGGCUGGAUCGCGAGGAGAUCCUGGCGCGCUGGGUGGAGAUUGGGCCGGCGGAGGUCUUGCGCGGGGUGGGCUAUCCUCCGCUGACUUAGGUUGGGUCCACUAGCCGGUAGGCACUGUACCUGGAACGGCUGCAGCGGUAGAAGACCCAGGGUAGAGGAGACUCGCUUAAUUGCAGUGGCCGGGGUAGAUGGACCCUUGCCUAACCAGGGCAUUCCCCUGAAAUCCGAACUCCGGCAAUGCUUGGGAUAGAAAUACUCGAUUCAAUUGACAGAUAUAGG